AUGUUGUCGGUUGCUCGUGUGGUGAGCCUCGCCGUCGGUCUCUCGGUCGCCACAGUUCUCGCGAGCUUCACGCGCCCGAGGCAAUACGACUAUGGUCUCAGCGAUGACCACCGCCUCCUAAAACGCCAGGAGCUUCUCCAGUCUCAUAUUGUUACCGGCCCUCCUCAUGGCCCGGGGGUUGUACAUCUUAGGCCAGACAUACGAGACUUGCAAAAGGAUGAGGAUAAGUGGAACUUGUACAUUCUUGCUCUCAAUUGGAUGCAGUUCACCAACCAGAGCUCGCCCUUCUCGUGGUACCAGAUCGCAGGUAUCCACGGCGCUCCGGCCUUGACAUGGGCUGGCGUUGACCCAACACCGGGUAACGAAGACAACGGCUAUUGUACCCACGUAUCCGUCCUCUUUCCUACUUGGCAUAGGCCCUAUCUCGCCCUGUAUGAGCAAGUCCUGUAUAACAUCGUUCAGAACAUAGCUACGCUAUAUCCACCAAGUCUUCGCGAUCGCUUCCAGGCCGCCGCGGCAACUUUUCGAAUACCGUACUGGGACUGGGCAGCGGUGCCUCCGGAAGGAGAGAGCCUUCUCCCCUCCGUAAUUAGCACCUCGCCGCAGAUCAGUGUAUCCGGGCCCAACGGGGUCCAGACCAUCUCUAACCCGCUAUUCAGCUACAUAUUCAAGCCUUCCAACAAAACCGAAUUCACCGUUUUCCCUUACGACGCGUGGGGCGAGACUAAACGCGCGCCGCGCCCGGCGGAUAGCCCCGAAGCAAUCUCAAACAAUUCCUUUGUCGUGGAAUCAUUGGAUAGUCACCUCCCGAGCCUUCAACAACGCCUACACAACCUCUUCACAAAUUACCCAAACUAUACCCAAUUCAGUAGCGAAGCUUGGAUACCCUACGGCGUCGGCAACAAUGAUUCCUACGAUUCCGUGGAAUCGCUUCAUGACACAAUCCACACACUCGGGGGUGGCUUUUACGGUCACCUCGCCAUCAUUGCGUACUCGAGCUUCGAUCCGCUCUUCUGGUUACACCACACCAACGUCGACAGGAUCUUCGCACUGUGGCAGAUUCUCUACAACGAGUCGUACGUGGUUCCCACCCCCGCCGUCUUAUCCUCUCGGACGACGUCUCCGGGGGAGGUCGAGGACUCGCAGAGGGCUCUCACGCCGUUCUUCCUCAAUAACACUUCCUUCUGGACGUCGGACGCCGUGCGGGACCACCAGGUUUUCGGCUACAGCUAUUCCGAUGCCGCCAACAAGAGCCGCGAGCAGGUCAUCGCCUCCAUAAACAAGCUCUACGGCAAUUUUGGUCCGGUUUCGAUGUUGAGGAGACUCGGCGAGAACCAUCGCCUCGGCGGUCGACGGAGCGGCGAGGAUCGAGGCCGGGCAGAGGCCCACAGAGCGUAUGGAUUAUCCUGGAACAGCCAAACAUCAGAGCACCUCCCCGUGACUGCGGUCUUCCGGGAUGGCAGGUAUCGCGAAUGGAUGGCGAACGUGCGCGUACGCAAGCCGGCGGCGGGCGGCGGGUUCUCGAUCCACUUAUUCCUCGGCGAGGUGCCGGAGAACCCACUCUCGUGGCCGGUAGCGCCGAACCUAGUCGGUACCGUGGGGGUGUUAGCUCACACCGGAGCUGGAGACCACGGCCGGAGCGUUGGGGGCACUAUCCCGUUAACCUCGGCGCUAAUGGGUAUGGUGGCUGCAGGCCGGAUUCCAAGUCUAGACGCAGACGCCGUCGUGCCGCUACUCCAGCCCGGCCUCGAGGUGCGGGUAUUGUGUGCUGACGGCACGACGGUCGACGCGCUCGAGGUGAAGGGGCUCAGCAUCAGCGUGGCCAGCGCUGUGGUGAGAGUGCCAGAGGCAGAGAACAGGCUCUCGGAGUGGGCUGCGGCGGAGAGCCAUUUCGAGAUGUUGGCAUAG